AUGUCAAAGAUAAAGAUCUCGCCUCCUUCCAUUCUACAUCUCUAUGGCGACCAGGGCUCAACAGAAACUCCACCACAUCUAACGGAAGAUGCUUAUGAAUCUCCAUUGGGGCCUUUGAUUUGGGGAUGCUUUGGGGAUGCUAUGGUGUCUCAGUUUCUCAUUCCAAACAAAUCGAUAUCUAGAUUUCCCAUUCUUUCUCGUUCCUAUCUCCCUUUGGCACUUACCGAUUCUUCUCCCUUCCCCGAGACAAACGACGGUCACCUAAACUCAAAUCCUCUAAGGAUACCUGCUCUGAUUCAUUCCCAAAAAUCAGAAAAUCUCGUUGUCUAUCCCACAGUUUAUCGAUUCAGAAUUUUGGGAGACAGAAUCGUGCCUCAUUUGUGGUUCGUGGCCUACACUACUGCUUCACCGCCCCGCGCCACUCUUAUAUGCCCUAGCUUGUCCGUCCUCCACCACCUCCUUCGUAUAGUUAUGUUUAUGAAUGGAUUUUUAUGUGGGUUUGGUUUCUUGAAGGUCUUCAUGGUUCCAUGGCUCCCAUUAUUUAUGUUAUUCGAUCAUUACAACUUGUCUAAAAAAGAUCAAGAUUAUAACAGGUGCUAUUUCUUUUUUGACUUAAGGGCUGUUUCUUUUGGGACUGUUUACAAGGGCUAUAUUGAUGAGAAUGUUCGGGUUGGUCUCAAAUCUCUUCCUGUUGCUGUUAAGGUUCUCAACAAGGAGGGUCUUCAAGGCCACAUAGAAUGGCUUACUGAAGUUAAUUUCCUUGGUCAGCUCAGACAUCCCAAUUUGGUGAAAUUGAUUGGGUAUUGCUGUGAAGAUGACCACAGAUUGCUUGUUUAUGAGUUCAUGUUUCGAGGAAGCCUUGAAAAUCAUCUCUUUCGAAAAACAAGUGCGCCAUUAUCAUGGCCAACAAGAAUGAUGAUUGCUUUUGGGGCAGCAAAAGGCUUAGCCUUCCUUCACAAUGCUGAACGACCCUUCAUACAGCUGCAUUUAGAGCCUGCUAGCAGUAAUACUCUUCCUGGAAAUGCCAGUGGUUCUAUAACACAGAAAUUACGAGUCACCAACAGUCAACGUGGCAAGAAAUCAGUUGUGAUGCGCAUACGAAUAAGCUACAAGGUGAGUCAGUAUACAAAAGAAGGGUUUGAAAGAGCCAGAGAUGGCCUCACAGAGGCUGCAGCUUUGAGCGAGAGCAUAUGUAUCGCGGAGGUGGCGGCAGAGCUUCCGGAAGACCUAGAAGUGCUCCGGCCUCCUGAUCUUCCAUCAUUGCUUCUAGAUGCUCUGACUGAGCUUCUUGUUGCUCAAUUUAUGUGGUUGGAUUAUGAUAAUCCAACUAAGCCUAUUUAUCUUUACAUUAAUUCAUCCGGAACACAGAAUGACAAAAUGGAGACAGUGGGGUCUGAAACAGAAGCAUACGCCAUUGCUGACAUCAUGGCUUACUGCAAGUCAGAGGUGUAUACAGUCAACUGUGGGAUGGCAUUUGGUACAAUGUACGAUUUGGAUUAUAAAUCUCCUAAUAGAUCAGGACAAAACUUCAAGUCAGGAGAAGAUAUGGUUGAGAUGUUGAAGAAGCAAUGGAAAGAUAGUUAUGGCAUUGGGGGGAGGAUACAAUCUCAACUCAAUAGCAAAUUCAGUACUUUCUUGUGUAUAAGUUCUAUUAGAAGACAAACAUAUUUUUGA